CGCCACUGACUGCAAAGAGGGCAAACACUCACAGAGUUUAUGGUGCAGUCGGCCGGUGGUGGUGAUGACAGAGCGACUCGCCACCUUGAACGCUGAUUUACUCUCAAGAAUACACCUGCACAUACUGGAUGAUGUGUUUCAUAAUUUCAUAAUUGUUUUGGGCUGGAGUGAAUUUAACAAUGGAGGAUGGCGAGCUCAUUAUUCGCUUGCCCGGGCGAUCCGGCACCCCGGUGGACAACAAUAGUUUCGGCGUCGGCGUCGGGUUUGGAGAGACCUUGGUACUGCGGCACAAAGAAGUUCAUAACUUCUUUUUCGUCCCCUUCAGGGAGCAGCCCAUCUACAGCACGCGGGCCCACGUCUUCCAAAUUGACCCCAACACCAAGAAGAACUGGCUGCCCACCAGCAAACACGCCGUCACCGUGUCCUACUUCUACGACAGCACGCGAAAUGUCUACCGCAUCAUCAGCCUGGAUGGUACCAAGGCAAUAAUUAACAGCACCAUCAGUCCCAACAUGACGUUCACCAAGACCUCACAGAAGUUUGGCCAGUGGGCGGACAGUCGCGCUAACACUGUCUACGGCCUGGGAUUCUCCACUGAGCAUCAUCUGUCCAAGUUUGCAGAGAAGUUUGCAGAGUAUAAAGAAGCAGCACGGCUUGCUAAAGAGAAAAGUCAAGAAAAGAUGGAAAUGGCCACCUCGCCCUCUCAGGAGUCUCCGGCUGGAGAACUCUCGUCACCUUUGACUCCCGUGACUCCGCCCAUGGAAAACAUCAACGGCACAGACGAAAUCUGUGACACGACCCCCAACUCGGACUCCAGACCAGAACCGUCACAGAACGCGCUGGCCUUCGCUCAUAGCCCGGCGAUGACAAAACACUGGGAAGCCGAGUUGGAGGCGCUCAAGGGGAACAAUGCCAAGCUAACAGCAGCUCUGCUGGAGUCCACUGCCAACGUGAAACAGUGGAAACAACAAUUGGCUGCUUACCAGGAGGAGGCCGAGAGGCUACACAAACGAGUGACAGAGCUUGAAUGCCAGAGCAACCAAAGCCCGGCCAUCAAAUCCCAGAAGACAGAACUCAACCAAACUAUAGAGGAACUGGAGGCAACCCUGAGAGACAAAGAAGAGGAAAUGGAAAAGCUCAAAGAAGAAUUGGAAAACAUGAAUGACCUCAUGGAGCAGAAAGACACCCUCGCCCAGAAACUCGAGGAGACGGAGCUCCGCAGUCGGGUGCUGGAGCAGCAGCUGGCGGGGGCCGAGCAGCGACUGGAGGAGAAUCAGGAGGAGCAGGAGAAUUUCAGGAAGAGCCUGCGAACGCUGCUGGAGCUGCUGGACGGCAAGAUCUUUGAGCUGACCGAGCUCAGAGACACGCUGGCCCGACUCAUUGAGGAGGCCAGUUAAGAGGAGGAGGUGCCACACGACUUCAUUACAGAGCCAUACGACCAUUUACGCCGCCUUCGUCGCGCACCGCAACCAUUUGGAAGUUGAGAGAAAAUCCGAUUGCAGUCGUCGCCCUUCGCGGCUGAGGAGCCUCACCUUUGCCUUCGCAUCGAAUCCGCGGCGUCGUUCGCUCUGUCCAUUUUCAAUUGGCAAUCGAAAAUCAAAAGCAAAAAAAAAAAAAUUCCAUUGAUUUCUUAGUUACGAGCGAGCUUCAGAUACGCGGCGGAAGAAGGACAAGGAGAGCCGCAGUCGCCGAUGCACUUUCGGCCUUUUAUUGAUUGAAACAAGCAGUCAAACGCACUGAUACCAAAUGAAAACACUCACAGGGAGGAGCUGCUGUCAUCCACAACUCACGCCCAGACGGCCGCACGCAGAUCGGCCAACCCGACUCCACUUCCUGACAUCGCUCACUCGACCGCGCCCCUUAAAGGCACAUGUUCCGCCAUCUAGCCUAAGAGCAUUUCAUUGUUCUGGACGUCAGUGUACGUCGCUGGCUUGGACACAAGUACAAAUGUCGGAAAUUCAGACAAAUUUAAUGAAAUGCGAUCAUUUUCCGAUGCUUGGCGCUGCAAUGGCACAGUGGUUGGGAAUCACUGCACAAGUAGACUUGGGACAAAUCACUUCAACAACAACAGCGUUCGUGUAUAUAUCUCAGUUGACUCAUUUUUGCGUCUCUAAUUCUCUUUACCAAACCUGCGGGUCACAUAAUGAUCAGAAUCAAUUAUUUUCUAUCUGAGCUUAAAAAUGAUUUGUAAAAAAAAAUCUUUUUUUUUUUUUUGGGUGUAAACUUUAAAUAAUAAUAAUAAUAAUAAUAAUGACAAAAUAAUGAGUGUCUUUCAUUUUAUGAUUUUUGAUUGCCAGACGAAAAUGGAAAGAAUGAAUGAAAGACGGAACUUGAUUUGGGCUUCUUGCUCAAGUGAACAUUUUGCUUGUAAGUGAACUUCAGGCUACAUUCCCACUCCAUCACUCCCACUUGACAACUGUGCCUCAGUGCCAUCUGUUGUUUGACUGCUACAACUACACUCCCCCGUCAUUCGUGGAAAGUCAUGUGGAAAUAAUUGCUGUUCAGACUCUUCAAAAAUGUCGCCAAAGCUGCCAAAUCUCCUCAAACACUGUCCUGAUGUUGCAACGACUCAAAGUGACUCGGCUGUACAGAGAAGCAACAAAAUGUGUCACAGUACCAGAGAAUCAAAAGAUGACUUUUCACCCAAAAAAAACACACAAAAAACUGCAUUAUUCCAAUAAGCUGAUCCACUACUUACAGCACGUACGUCUUACUUGAUAGCAGUGACAUUUUAUAUGAAAGGAAAUCAGUAGGGCCGUGACCAUUUUCACAUAACAAGAAAAGUACCAGUACUCAACAACAUGCCCCUCGACCAUUUGUUCCAAUAAAUUGUUCUACGUAAAAAUAGAAUGCAAAAUCCAUCGUUGAAAAAAAUUAAAUAAAUACAAUACACAUGUAUUGCUUCAUGUAAGGCAUUUGUAAACCUUUUUAGGGUCAGGCUUGCAGAUUCUCUCAAUUCAGGGCAAGGCUAAAGUGCCAAUGAGAGACCCCUGCCAAGGUUGAACAAAAAAUGGAGACUGGUCGGCGAGGUGAUUAGUUCUUGGCAAAAUGCUUUGUCGGUCGCAUUUUUGUUUCCUUUCCAGAUUCUUGUAUGACUUUUUAAUUUUUUAUUUUCCUCGACAUUUGACUUCAUAUUCUGAAUUGUUCAAUCUCCAAAGCAUUUUCAAUCUGAAAGAUAGUCAAUGUGAUUCAUGAAACUAAUCCAAAGUAAAGCUAAGGUAAAAUUGUACCUGCAAGUUAUCAAGCACAGCAACAUACAUAGUGUAGAUCAAGAGAACGGCUUGUAUUCUGCGGUUGCGUUGCCAAGCAGAAUUCACAAAUUUAGAGCCCGGUGAAACAACAAAUGAUCACACGACCCGGCAACUUGCGGAAUGCCGCCAAUGCGCCACGCGGCGGAAAAAGGACCAGGAGAAUCGGCAGCAACACAGAACUUCUGGAGUUAGUCUUGAAAACAUAUUUGCAUUUACAGUAUACAGUUGUACUGUGGUUUACGGUUUUCGUUUGUUCCGUGAGUCAAGGUAGCCCUGUAGACAACAAUUCUACUAUUGAAUCACUGCGCUGUAAGACAAGUAACGAGCUUUUUUCCCCACAGUGCCAUCUGCUGUAUCUGGCUAGGCGCUGCCCCGCUUGCCCUUCCUGUAAAAUGGCCACUGCUUGACAGAAGACGUAAACCUUCCAUGGGUGUUAACGAUGCCGCGCGGAAAUUUCCGAAGUCACUCUCAGGGGUCGGGCCUGAGAGCGACUUGCAUACGAACUGCUUCCAUCAUCGCAGGCAACUGAGCUGUCUUCCUGCCAAACUCAGUGUGGCGUGUGUGUGUGUCUGUGUGUGUGUGUGUGCGCGUGUAUGUGUGUGCAUACGUGUUUGUGUGUGUGUGGCGCUUCUGACUUUCUGCUCGAAAGCGUGCCUUCCGAGCACACGCCAGUGGACUCACCGAAUCUUUGUACUUUGUACAUAAAAUGUGUGUGCUUGCGCUGUGAGAGAGCGAUCGUGUUUUGGGGACACCGAUGGUCGACACACACACACACACACACACACACACACACACACACACACACACUGAGCAAUACCAGACAGGCUCUGUACAACACCUCUGUGUCAUUCUAUCAGGUACUUUUUCUUCAAUUGGACUGCACACACAUCAACGCAGCUGAUCCACCCACUCUGCCCCCGACCAACAGGAAGUGCACUGCUGUUGACCUCCGACCUGUGUGGCAGCCCUGCUGGUCAAAGCGGUGCAUCACGAAGGGCUUCUCGAGUGUUCUAUCUACUAAUCGUGUGUGAAGUGACUUUCCACCCUCAGUGAAACUGGCAACGGCUUUUCACUUCUAUUGGUGAACACAGAACUUUUCUCCUUUUUCUUUUUUUUUUUUUUUUUUUUUACACUGGAUAUAAUAAUGAUAUAAAUAGAGAACCAUAUACGACAACUUUGUACUCAUGUAAAUGAAAGGAAGGCAAAUGCAGUAACACCCUGCAGUGACUUAUUGUUGUGUAUUAACCCACGGAAAAGGUGUUAUUGUAGAGUGGACUUUGUAAGCAAAGGGUGGCAGCCUCUUGUCUAUAUCUAUACUGAAAAUGCAUAACAGUGCAAUACUCUUACAUAUACCAGGUUGAUUAUUAUUAAUCUACGGCUUCUUCUGGAAAUCUUCGCCUUUGUGACGUUCAAGGUCCCCAAAUUUUUUUUAAACUUCACACCAGAUGCUGCAACUUCUACGGUCUUAAUUCACAUUAUUAAUUGAGCACCUUGUUUCCACUGUGUAACCACACAUUUUAACCACGCAAUGUAUCUAGAUUUGACUUUCACGUGAUAAUUAUCUACUUAAAUAGUUAGUUGCACACGUUAAUACACUGGAAUAUGGCCCAUGUACCGGAACAUGUUACCCAAAUGUUGGAUUUUGAGGUGGCACACCUUAAUAUAACGUGCUUAAAUGCUGACGAAUGCCUUUGUACAGCAGCGGAAUUAAGCUUUUUCGUUUUAUUGUUUUGUAAUGUAUGGUAUUUAAUGUAGGUAACAUUAUUGUAUUUAGAGGUAUGAGAAGACUGGCAAUAUUUUUGACUAUUUAAAGUAAUUUUGAACUCAUGAUAUUAAAGAAGUACCUCAGGA